AUGGAGAUGAGGUGGAGAGGAAUGGUGGUGUUGAAAGUCGGACUCCAGUUCCCCUCAGGAGCGAUUCCUCAGCUUAUCACGCAGAGACAGACGGAGCGACAGGCGCCUCUGAUACCGCUGGAGGACGGUGUCGCUGAAAGCUUAAAGCACAACACAAGCGACUACGGCUACUUUUCCAUCAACCUCUUCACCAAAUGCUCCAACGACGACAAUAACAAGCACGUUAGCUUCAGUUUCUCCGAUCGCAGACACAACCAAGCAGACUGUGUCAACCGGAACUACAGUGACUCCUCAAAAUAUGCUAAUGACGUCUUUUCCAUCUUCGACUUUCCCCAACUCGCCAACGUUAGCUUCAGUUUCUCCAAUCACAGCCAAAACCGAGCAAACUACCGGCAAUAUUUUACCAUCCAACCCAAUGUCUUUGCCCAUAUUAACCACAACAGCUUCAGUUUCUCCAAUUUCGUCUACAACCGAUUCUCCAUCUACCACUCAGACGACUCUAACUACGAGUAG